CAUGCAGGCCUCAACACGUCGUGGUUCCAGUUUUGCCAGGAUUCACCAAGCAAGGAGUUCACUUUGGCUUGUUUUUGUGUUAGCAGGUGUAGUUUGCUAGCAAUUUAAGCUAGCUUUAGACACUGCCUACACAUCAGUGGCUAUGGAUCUUGGGUUUUGUCUCAGACUGGCCUUUUUCCUCUCUGUGUGGUCAUCUGCACAAUGUGAAGACAUUCCCAAUGGAGUUCUUCAUAUGGAGUGUCAUGAUCGUUACUUCAUGAUAGCUGUUGAUCUCUCCUUCAUUGGGGAGGAACCUCACUUUGAGGCUGUUGAUGAAUCAGGUGUGUACUUGCUCAACGAGACAUACUCCGCAGAGUGUGGCUACACUGUCCUCCCUCUAGGAGACCGUGUGGUGCUCAGAGCCUCGUACUUCAGCUGUUACACUCGCAACACAGAUGAUGAGGCGUUCACAUUCAAUUUCAACCUGAUUUCAACCCAAGAGGGACAAGCGGUCACCUACGCCUUGACCAAGACCUGUUCUCCCUCCCUCCCCUGGUCUCCCAGAGAGGUUACGUGUGAGCUCAACUACAUGGAGGUUUCUGUGAGGAGUGAAGUCAGCUGCCCAUCCGGGACGAUGAAGGAUAACUGGGAUGCUCUCAAACAUGCUCACAGCACCACCUCCUCAGACUGGCAGGUGAUGUUUCACACAGAGAAUGAGCAAAGCCCUCCCAUGAACCUCUUUGAAGCUCGUACGCAUGGCUACGUGUUUGACUUGACAUAUGGAAGGCUUGUAUUUCGUACGCCAUAUGGACAACCUGACGCAUUCAGCACGGAGGUGAAUGGUGUUCCAGUAGAGGUCGUCCAUGCAACUAUAUUCUCCAGACAAAGCUGGGUCGUCCUCAUGGUUGACCUGGUGGCGGCGUGCUCCAUGCAUGAUGGCUCAUAUGACCGUGGCUACAUAAUAUGGAAGUCCUCAGAGGUGCUGUACCCAAGUACUGAGAGCACACAGCUCAAUAUUGGACUAAAUGGUGAUCUUGUUGAGAGUUCGGUUUCAGAGGAGAGGGGCUAUGUUGUGGAGAAGCACAACAACACAAUGCAGAUCAGAAUCCCCCACGAUGCUGAAGGAGUACACAGAAAGAGCUUUGUUUCUGAAGAGCUUCAUGAGUUCUACAUCUUCCAUCUGUACUUGGAGCAAACCCUGGUGGAUGAGGAUCUUGUGGAGACCAGACUCAGGUUCUUCAGGACACUGUCCACUCCCCUACUGCCACGCCCUGUUGUCACUGAAAACCAAACGCUUCUCGAGGAGCUCACCUUCACAGUCUACCUCGGAGAACUCCCUGAAGACGUCGCGUUGGUGGCGGUUCACUUGAACGGCGAAGAAUUUACCGUACCAUUUUCCAAUCUAAGCGGCCACACGAUUACAAAAGUUUUUCAUCCGAACAACACUCAUGGCUACACUCUGAAGGUGCCUUUUGAUGACCCUGUUGUCACACGGCAGUUCUCUAGAGAAGAUGCAGUUCUUCAGUACAGACUGGACAUCAACUACACACUGUCUGUGCUGCCUGAAAAUAACACUUUCUACCACCUUGCAUCUAUUGAGGCAACUUUCACUGACGUCUCUCCUCCAGUCUCUGACGCCGUCUGUUCUGAGUCUGGGAUCAGCUUCAAACUGGACCACCGGCCUUAUGACUACCUGUGGGAGAUCACCAUCGGCUCGGACCCGCUGACAUCAGAGCUGGCGGCCCAGCACGGCUACAUCAUGAGCAAUAACAGCCAGAGUCUCCUGCUCGAGGUGCCGCUCUAUGCUCACGGUUAUGAAUACAAGGAUCUUACUCUGAAGGGUUUUUUUGGCACUUUUGAGAUCCUGGUGAGGGAUCGUAAAACUUCUGAAGUCCAGAGCUCCACUGUCAAGACUUGUCCCUUCACUACCACUGAAUUUAUUUUGUGUUCAACUGAUGGGAGGAUGACUGUGGUGGCUGACUUGUCUCUGGCCAUCCCGAGUGGAGGAGUUCCUGCAAGAACAAACGCCAUCGACAAAUACUGUGGACCCAAAGAGACUGACGACACCAGGGCUCUUUUCUCUUUCCCACUUAAUGGCUGUGGAACCAGAGUUGAGCUUGGCAGGGAUAACGUGACCUAUCAGAAUGAGAUUUCCUACUCCCCGAAGAAACUCAACAUGAACAAAGCAGCUUCUGCUAAUGUCACAGAGAGGGUGCUGAUCCAGUGCACAUAUCCUCUGGCUGGUCUGCGUCGCCUCUUCACAGUCUACAGAUUUGAGUCUGACAGUGAGGGUGUCGGCAGCAUCAUUCACACCACACAGGUUGCCUCAGUUCUUCUGAGUCCCACUAAACGACCAACUACAGCACUUGUCACCAUACCUCCUACCAGAAGACCACCUCCCUCACAGGUUCCUGCUUUCCACCCUCCUGCUCGAUAUGUUAUGGUUUCAAUGUUUCACAAUCUUGAGAACAUCCUCAGAAAAGAUGCAGUAGGACAAUCUUGAUGCUGCUCAGAUUUGAAAGGAGUAAAAACAUUUUUAAAAAUCUGUGAAAUUCAAUAAAGUGAUUUCUCAAAAUGUU